AUGUUUGGUCUAUCGCAAGCAGACGGACUGAGCGGCCCGGCGCUCACGGCAGCGGCUCUACUGGCCAGUGCCGCCAUCACAGCCGUCGCCGCCGUCGUCAUCAUUGGCUUCCUUCAAUUCAACUGCGGGUCCGUAAACGGUCGAUACGAGAGGUCAGACGUCAUCAUGUCUUGGGUGCCUUUGUUCUUAUUUGAUAUCGCCAUGCUGGAAGCCAUAGCUGGCGUAUUACUAUGGUACACCAACAAUUUCCCGAAUGAGCUCAUCGUUUUAUUCGCUUCAGAAAUACUCGUCUUGCUCAUCAUUUUGACCGUGUUAUCUUUGUGGGCUAGGCGAAAGAUCAAAACCUUGGUUGCCAUGUGCUGUUUGGAUGACGAUGAAGCCGAAGGUCCUUAUUACGAUCAAGUACACGACCGGGAGGACGGGCUCGGCAUCACAAGAGAGAACAGGUUCUCGCGCUCCACCGAGCCCCGUCGGGUACGAAAUCGCGUGAUAUGCAAGUGA